ACGUUGUAACUUGGAAAAGAACCAAUAAAAACGAAACAGAGGACUACGCAAUUGCUGAUAAUGACAAUUCCUUCGUCCGUGAUUUUGGCAAUGCCACUGGUUUAUACACAAUAGGAGUCCAGGCUGGUAAUAACGUUGGGAUUCGCAGUGAAUUCGCUUAUCUUUACAACGUUUCAAUAGGUGGAAAUUAUACCAUCACAACACAGAGUACUAAAUUAACAACCGCUCAGCAUUCAAAUACAACCACUCAUACUCACGAAUUGUUGAAACGAACGAAUCCAACUGCAAUGUCCAUGCCUUUAAUUGCUGGAGGUUCGACAGGAGCCUUUGUAUUCCUCUGUUUGGCUGUGUUUAUCUUUCUUUUCCUGCUGAGAAAAAUUCAAAAGAAGCGACGAGAUCGAUCAAUACAGGAAUUUGAAUCCCGUUGGUUCGAAAUUAAUCUUCAAAAGACAAACGCUGCGAUUGAACGACCAAACAGAAGUAGCGAAUCACGCCAAAAGAAAAUAUCAUACGUUGCACUAUUGAAGCGCUGGCAAAUCUCGCCAAACAGGCUGAAGGUACUGAACAAGCCACUGGGAGUUGGACAGUUUGGUAUUGUUAAGAAAGGUUUAUACUCACCUCAAUCUGGCGGCGAUCCUAAAGAUGUUGCUGUGAAAAUGUUAAAAGAUAAUGCGACACAAUCUGCUCUAUCCAACCUGUUAGCCGAGUUAAAAAUUCUAAAAAAAAUAAAUAAAGAGCCACACCCAAACGUCAUAAGAUUCAUCGGUGGUCUUUUUACGGAAGACCAACUCAUGGUUGUAACGGAGUAUUGCUCUUCCGGAAACCUGUUAAAGUUUCUAAGAAGAAGUAAAGUUAUUGAUACUGAAUCUAACGCAUCUCAUUCGGAAAGCGACAAGCUAAAUUCAACAUUAAGCUCUUGCCAACUUCUGAAGAUUGCCGUCGAGGUGUCCAGUGGAAUGUUAUAUCUUUCAAAACAGAAGCUUGUCCAUCGUGAUUUGGCAGCCAGAAAUAUUUUGCUUGGCGGGGAAGGUAACGUGGCGAAAAUUUCAGAUUUUGGGUUGGCGAGGGACAUCAGAAAUACUCAAGCAUAUAUAAGAACUAACCAGGACUUACUUCCAGUAAAAUGGAUGGCUUUGGAAAGUUUAACCGAAGACCGUUUUACAACCGCCAGCGAUGUGUGA